UGUGGCGCCUGGCCGCCUUUAGCUUGCCGCUUCGCGGUGAGAUGGCCGUGGAGUCUCAGAGGUUCCUGUGAAGUCGAAACGGGCUCUGUGGACAGACAGCAGGAGGCGAGAGAAAGCCCGUCAUUCGCGGUCCUCUUCGGCCUCCACUUUUUAAAUGAUAACAACGGUUUGAGUCUGCUUUUGUCCAAGAAGCUCGAGGAAAACGUCCUGAAAGUCGACCUGCUGAACCUCCCAUCAGCUCUGCUGAAGACUGGCCCCGGGCAGGUCUGUCCUGUAGCUGCGUGGCCGGGCAGCCUGGCUGCCCCCCCGCCUCCAGAUGAAUGAAGAACACUCCGGGACACAGAGACACAGCUGAUACAGGGCAUGCAGGUGUUUCUGCCAAUAUGAUGAAGAAAAAGAACCCACACAAGAAGCAUAAGAGCAGCCUGGGCCCGACCACCAAAGUUCUGUCGCAGCCUCGACGCAACAUCGUCGGCUGCAGGAUCCAGCACGUCUGGAAGGAAGGAGGAGGGCACGUGGUCUGGAAGGGAACAGUACUCGACCAGGUGCCCGUGAACCCGUCUCUCUAUCUGAUAAAGUACGAUGGAUUUGACUGCGUUUACGGUCUGGAGCUUCAUAAAGACGAGAGGGUUCAGGGCCUGGAGGUGCUCCCUGACAGACUUGCUAAAUCCCGUCUGACGGACGUCAACCUGGCUGACGCCAUGAUCGGUAAAGCGGUGGAGCACAUGUUUGAGACGGAGGAGGGUCCGAAGGAGGAGUGGAGGGGCAUGGUGCUGGCCCGGGCUCCCAUCAUGACCAGCUGGUUCUACAUCACCUACGAGAAGGACCCCGUCCUGUACAUGUACCAGCUGCUGGACGACUACAAAGAGGGAGACCUGCGAAUUAUGCCCGACUCCAACGACAGCGUCCCAGCGGAGAGGGAGCCCGGCGAGGUGGUGGACAGCCUGGUGGGCAAACAGGUGGAGUACGCCAAAGAGGACGGCGGCAAGCGAACGGGCAUGGUCAUCCACCAGGUGGAAGCCAAGCCGUCCGUCUACUUCAUCAAGUUCGACGACGACUUCCUCAUUUACGUGUACGACCUGGUCAAGACUUCGUAAGACUCUGGAUGUCCUGAAGCCCACCCAAACCCAGUGCGACGGAACGAAAAUGCAGCACAUGUCGAGACAUCUGAAGCAUUUAUCCCAGACUUGUUCUUCAGACCAUCAAAGACGAAAAUAAAAGACUGAAAAAAGAUUUUCACACCGAAAAAUGAGGAGAGAGGCUGUUUUUGCAAGUCAACUUGUGUUUCUCUGCAGGAAGGUUUAAAAUGGGGAAAAAAAAAAGACUUUCUUUAAACCCUUAAAAUAAUAGGAAAAAGUUACCUUUAAUAGGUCCAAAAGUUUUUGAGGCCCUUUAUUACAUUUGUGGAAAAAAAGUAAGUAAUCUGAAAGUUCGGUUUUCCAUUAGAAAAAGAAGGAUGUGACACGGAGCGGGGACGAGGCUUUAGAUUUUCUUUUUUUCUAAAGAACGUGAAUGGAUUACUCGUAGCCCACUCCUCUGCUUCAUCAUUUGUCAUGUUUUCUACUUAAGCUCAGCUGGCCACAGAAAAACAAGCAGACUCCCAGUGAAGAAAUGUAGCCUGAAGCCGGAUGUUUGAAUGGACUUGAUUUGAAAUCAAAGAAGAAGGAGGAGGAUGAUUCUUGGACUGGAACAUUUCCAGUCACGAUGAAGGAGGAGUUGGUGUUUGAACUCAGAUGCCACAUCUCAGUGUUGACGAUAACCUCCGUCUGCCAGUAAAGACUAGCAUCACCAUGUAUGGAAGCUCAUUUCUGCCACACGAAGAAACGAGUGCAUAAAUGGAUAAAAUGAUUAGAGUCAGUAUUAUGAUAAAAGUAAAAAUUAUGACUUCCUAAACCAGAAUGAUCAGAGAGUCUUGAAAGCUAGUUAGCUAGGCACUCCAUUUGAUAUGCACUCCACCAAAACAUAAACAGAAUUUGUUGGCAAGGGACAGGAUUUCUUUUUCUGUAGCAGAAAUUUCCUGGUUUGUGUUUCUAGUCCAGGCUCUAUUCAUUUAGGAGGGCAACCAGAAAUAUUGGUAGUGGCCAGAGGAUAAUUCAGCAGACAAGUCCACACAUGUUCCUGCUUAGACUUCUUGUUUUUAGUUAAGGAAAAUGUUUAAAAAUAUGAAUUUUGACUCUUUAAAAAAAUUUUUUUUUUAAAAAGUCAUAUUUUGCAAGUCUCACAAAUAAAGCCAAAAGUAUUUGCUUAUGAUGCUGAUCUAAGUGAACAGUAUUUUAUUUUAAGAUCAGAUUGAAUAUUUUCACUUGCUAGCUAAUAAUUAAACUAAUAAGUUUACAGUGCUGGCUGACUGAGACAAAAUCUUCACAUAGAUCCUUGACUUAAAAACAGGGUCAUGUCUGACUAACCAGGACUGUUUUUGUUUUUUCUUGGCACAAAUGGGCUUCCAUACAGCAGAACUCCAGGAGACAGGAAGUAAAAUAAACUGGUUCCAUUUUGACAGUUUAAUGUCAAAGCUGGACUUUGUAAAGCCUUGGAGACCUUUGACCCCAAAUAAACACCUCCAUCCAGGCGGGAUGGUUCGGUGCCACCGCUCUGAAAAAUGACCUGUGGAAAUAUCCCAGGUGUCAGUUUGUGGCUCUUCUGUUGGGAUGAAGGAAAUUUUUGAUUUUUUUUUGUUGUUCAGUUUGUGUACAGAGCAAAUUGAGCUUCAUUUUCAUCACAUUGUGUGCUACACACAGGCUCCAAACAGAUCCCAUCUAAAGACUCCAGCAGUUCAAAACUGUGAUUCAAAAAAGAAAAAAAAGAUGGAUUUUCUUUUUUUAUUUUGCUUCAUCGUUGCCAAAACUUCCCCUUUCUGUCGUGAAGUUGUUUGAUGUUGAAGACGAUUGGACAGCUUUUUUUUUUUUCUCGUGAUUUCACUGAAGCCUUUGGAUUUGAUCUCGUGUUGUCUUUUCUAAGUCGUCAAAAAAAAAAAGGAGAAACUGGGCGGAGAAAACGAAACUGAAACCUGGCCAAAGCCCUUUCUGUCCUUUGUUUUAAAAACUUUGUCACGGUAGUGGCCGAACACCUGGCUGUGUCCCUGUUGGUGGGAGAAAGAGACUGAGAGCAGGAAGCCUGGCUUAAUGCUCCUUAAAGCUGACGGGGUGAGGCGUGGAGAAUACUUCCUGGACUGUUUGUGAGCUUGUUGGACUUUUAAAGUCGCCAGAACGGACGAGGACAAACACAUCUGCUGUAGCGCUACGGUCACGUUUUCAGGCACCACUGAGAAACUUUACUCAAGAGCGUUGGGAGCCUGACUCCGGAUCACUUCCAUGUUUGGCUUGAUAAAAAUCAUAACUAAAAAUAUCCCAGUUUGUAUUUACAGACAAACCAAAAGCUUGCAGACUCCUCAUGGUGCAGAUCAGAUCUUCUCCUGGACGUCUCGGUUCUGUCAGACGUCCAGGAGGCGAUCCGGUCUGCUCCACAGCAUGUAUGCAGUAAGAGAGGACACAGUUGGUCGUGUUAAGUAUAUAAAGAGAUUAACAACCAGUGAAGGUUUGAAUUUCUUUUGUCACAGAUGUACUUUUUAUUUUAUUUGGAUUUACUUCAGACUGAAGGUUUUCCAGAAGCUGUUCUGUGCUGGUUUGCAGUGAAAGGGAACCUGUUCUGUUCAUUUCCGGCUCCACCUGUUUAUUGGUGCUAGUGUAGCUUUGUGUGAUUUUAAAAAUAAUGCCUAGAAAGGAAGCAAAUCAUCAUUUAUACUGCAGAUCUCCUUCCAGGUGGAAGUACAGUGUGCGGUUCCCACCACAGCACUGUGUAGGUAGUGAAUUAUUAAAAUAAUUUAGCGCAAGAAAAGGAUAGUAAAAAAAAAAAAAAAAGAUAAAAAGAAAUAUGAAUUCAG